CUGCCGGAAAGGAAAUGGAUACACUAUCUUCACUGCAGUAAUGCAAAUCAAUCACAUGACUGCCAGAUGAACUCACCCGUGUGGCUGAUGGACUGGUCCCCAGUGUUCACGGCGGAAAGGAGUGACCCGGUCGAGCUCUCGCUGGAGACGAACGUGCCCGGACUGCCCCCGCUCACAGCGGUCGUUUGCGGAGCCGUGUGAAGCCCAUUCCCAAACCAUGAACUACGUGGGGCAGCUGGCGGAGACGGUGUUUGUGACGGUGAAGGAGCUGUACCGAGGCCUGAACCCGGCCACUCUCACGGGGGGCAUCGACGUGAUCGUGGUGCGGCAGCCCGACGGGUCCCUGCAGUGCUCCCCCUUCCACGUGCGCUUCGGGAAGCUGGGGGUGCUGCGCUCCAAGGAGAAAGUGGUGGACAUUGAGAUCAAUGGCGAACCCGUGGAGCUUCACAUGAAGCUGGGGGACAAUGGAGAGGCCUUCUUCGUGGAGGAGAGCGAGGAUCUGGAGGAGAGGGUCCCGGCGCACCUCUGCACCUCCCCCAUCCCCAUCGAGGUCCCGGAGAUCUGCGAGGCGUCCGAGGCACCCCCCAGCACCGCGUCCCGCCGGAAGAAACGGCGCCGCAAGCGGGUGCGCUUGGACACCUACCUGAGGGAGGAGGGGAGCUCGUCCUCGGACGAGAGGGACCCCGGGGAGACGGAGGCGCUCAGGGAGGACCCGCUGUCUCCCAUGCUGGCCAGCAAGUCUGUGUACUACUCCCUUACAGAGGAGCCGUUUGAAGAGAUGGGGAGCACCCCGUCCCGAGACGUCCACCCCCACUCUGACGGAGAGUGGUCCCCCUCGGAGAGCGUGUUCUACAGCCGCCCCUCCUCCCCGAAGAGUGACUCGGAGCUGCUGGUGAAGCCCCAGGAGGCGCUGGGCCCCCAGAUGCAAUGGAACUGGGGGGGCUUUCCAAAAGUUUGUCAAAGCGAGAGGACGCUGGUGGAGGUGCAGCGGGGGUCUCCUCUCCACCCCUCUGAGAAGACACACUUCCGCACCAUCCAGCGGCAGGACUCUUUCGACAUGGGCUCGGAUCCCGGGGUGAGCGCUGGCCGGGGGGUCAGCGUGACCGUUCUGAGGCCCGAACCCAGGCCCGGGACCGCCGAAAUUCUGCCCCCAGAGGACAGCCUGCCGCUGGAGGAGCCGCAGUGCACCUCCCACUCCACCCCGAAUCAGUCCCCGCUGCCCCUGCAAGCACAGACCCCCCCGGAGUUGCGGGGCGCAGAGCCGGAGGUGGAGACCCUGCAGGCAGAGGAGACCGCCUCCCCCGAACAGAGCCCUACCUCAGAGCAGGCCGAGGGGCAUCACGCGCCACGCCCAGAGAGGCCGGCCAAUAUGGGGGCCUCGCCGGAGCCCGAGGAGCGGGAGGUGGCGGAGGGAGCCGAUCAGGGGCGCAGGGACUGCGCGGGGGGAGCGGAGGAGGAGGUGCUGACGGAGACAGCAGCAGAGAGCUCCCAGAGGGGACAGGCCACAGAGGGCACCAAGUUGACGGACGGUGCUGAGGCCGAGAGCCAGAGCGGCUCCUCAGAGGCAGCAGCCAAGGCAGAUGCACAGGAGAGAAAGAGAGGUAAAAGAAGUCAGCAUCUGGGGCCCUCAGACAUCUACCUGGAUGAUCUGUCCAACCUGGACCCUGAAGUUGCAGCCCUCUACUUCCCUAAAAGCGAGACUGAGUCGGGGUCGCGGAUGGGGGCGGAGGCGGGUUCUCAGUCGGGAAACCAGUCCCCCCAGUCGGUGGGCAGCGGGGCGAUGGACAGCGGCACCGACUACCUGUCCGACUCCACGGCGGACCUGCUGGACGUCACCAUGUCCCUCUGUGGCGGGGCGGUGGACACCAGCCACAUCAAUAAAGAGAAGUUUCUGGAGCACAUCGUCAGCUUCCAGGAUUUCGUCAAGAACCCCGGGAUCAUCGAGGACCCCAACCUGGUCAUCUGCAUCAACUCAAAAUAUUAUAACUGGGCUGUAGCUGCCCCAAUGAUCCUGUCAAUGCAAGCCUUUCAGAAGAAUCUGCCAAAGAGCAGCAUAGAGCAGCUGGUGAAGGACAGGAUGCCCAAAAAAUCCGGGCGCUGGUGGUUCUCCUGGAGACGGAAGGACAUGGACACUAAACAGCAGGCAAAUUCCAAGCUUGACCAGGAGGGUGCCCCGAUGGGAGCUUCUGCAUCGGACCAGGGAGCCUCCAGCUUACAGGAGAAGCGGGGCGAGACGUCCAGCGACGAUGACGACUCGGGGAGAGCGCGGGAGGGAAGCUUGUCCGAGGCCCUGUCCACGUCGCAGUGUCUCAGCCAGAUGUACCGCAAGUCUCUGCGCCUCACCUCCGAGCAGAUCGAGCGCCUGAACCUUCGCGAGGGGGCUAACAAGGUGGUGUUCAGCGUCACCACUCAGUACCAGGGCACCUGUCGCUGCGAGGCGGCCAUCUACCUGUGGAACUGGGACGACAAGGUCAUCAUCUCCGACAUCGACGGCACCAUCACCAAGUCAGACGCCCUGGGACACAUCCUGCCACAGCUCGGGAAAGACUGGACUCAUCACGGCAUCGCCAGGCUCUACCACAAAAUCCACCAGAACGGCUACAAGUUCCUGUACUGCUCGGCGCGGGCCAUCGGCAUGGCUGACAUCACUAAGGGCUACCUGCAGUGGGUGAACGACAAGGGCACUGUGCUGCCCAAAGGCCCCGUGCUGCUGGCCCCCAGCAGCCUCUUCUCCGCCCUGCACAGGGAGGUGAUUGAGAAGAAGCCUGAGGUGUUCAAGAUCGCCUGUCUCACUGACAUCCGGGACCUCUUUAACCCACGGAGGCAGCCCUUCUACGCAGCCUUUGGGAACCGGACCAAUGACGCAUAUGCCUACAAGCAGGUGGGAGUGUCGGAGACGCGGAUCUUCACUGUUAACCCCAAAGGGGAGCUCAUCCAAGAGAAAACCAAGGGGAACAAGUCAUCGUACUCUCGGCUGAGCGAGUUGGUGGAGCACGUCUUCCCCCUCAUCGUGAGGGGCCGGACUUCCUCCUUCGACUACCCAGAAUUCAGUCACUUCUCGUACUGGAGAGACCCCCUGCCAGAAGUGGACCUCAACGCCCUGCUGUAGCUGCCCUCUCAUGUGCCUGAUUGUAUUUUCUACCCCUUCUCUUUCCCCCCCUCUCUCACUCCCCCAUCCUCCUAAGUCUUCCUCUUCCUCUCCGACAAAACUCGGGAGAAAGAGUUCAGUUGUAACAUUGUGACAGGGAGCUCCUGGCCUCUCUGGUUUUUAACCCUCUUUUAGCAGUUGUGACUCUGUUUUGCUACAAUGACUGACCAAAGAUGAAACAGAGGACAUAACUAAUGAAGAGCAUCCAUCCGGUCUUCUGCAAAACCUGAUCCACGUCGCAAACCGAGACCAAAGUGCAGCCAAUGAUUGUAAACGUCGGUGCACA